CUAAAAUAUUACCAAGUUAUAUACAUGUAGUUUUAAGAAUGCGGUAUGACUAGAGUUAUAAAAAAUAAGUGUUUUUAUUGCAUGGAUACAUUUUCUUCGGCAUUCAUGACCAUGUAAUUUCAUCAUAGUUCUUAUUUUAAAACAAUAAUUUUCAAUUUCUUUUUAUAAUGGUCUAAAGUACUUUUUAACCACCAGUAAAUUGCCGCUUUCCGUAGACAUUAAUAGGAAACACCUUGGGAAAUCGUACCCCCGAGUAAAUCACAUACGGGAACUAGAAUUUAUGAAAAGCAGACGACACUUUUGGUUUGUUUAAGUCAGCUUAUUAAAAAAGUAAGCUUAGUUCAGGGGCGAUUAUAAAUGUAUAGAUUCCUGUAAUAAAUUGAUGGUUUCAUGUCGAGAGUGUUGAACAAAACUGUAGCACCCACGUCUGCUAUUCCAUGCUAAAUAAACUAUGCAAAUAUAUACCUAACACUUUUUUUCAAAAAAAGCAAACUAUUGAUGGUAUUAAAUUCAUAUUGUUUAAUAUUUUUGGGUGAGUAGAGUUUAUCGUUGUCAAUGGUACUACCUAGAUAGCAAUGGAGGAAAGUGAUGAGCUGAAAUGUGGUUGCUGUCACGAGAAGUUUAGCAAUGUGGUUUCUUUCAUUUUGCACAAAGUUAUACACGUUGAGGCUGGACGAAACUCAAGCUGCCCUCUUUGUGCGUUAGCCUUUUCCAGGCAGGUAACUUUAAGAGAACACCUUUUUCGAAAGCAUGGUGUCACAGUCAACAGUAACAUGACUGGUGAACAACUUGGAGUCAGGCGACGAGGCCGUCCUCCUAAGAGAGAUCAGCUCCAUGCAGAAACUGAGUUAAAAACUGAAGUGGAUAAUUCUCAGUCUAAGAAUACAGAACUCAUUCACAGUGCAUCAGAUGUAGAAACAUUACAUAUUGUGAUAGAUAAAAUUCAGGACGCUAAAGUGGAACAUUCUUCUAGAGAAGAAGACAAAAAUAUAUCACCAUUAGAAGAUCUCAGUACUUUCAGUAGUUCAGAUGAACCAGCGGUGAAAACAAAUUGUGCUAGUGUGACAGAACAAAAUGUGCUUAUCAUAUCAAAACAAGAAAAUUGCCCUGCUUUGUGCAAUGGAAAAAGAGUUAUUGACGAUAAAGAUGCCUCCUCCAUGUUCACUACCACCUGCGAAAUGAGUCAGCAUGCUGUCAGUAGCAGUACAAGCCUUUCUGAGGAAACAGCUGCUAUAGGAGCUCAGCCUUGCCAGAAUAGUCUUCUGCCAUCAUCAAAUCUAUCCAGAGAUGUCAUUCAAGAAGAAAUAGAUGCAGACUUUCUUUUCAUUCUGUAUACAAACCAUAUCAAAGGGAAUUCAUUCAACUACAACAAAUUGGGUUUCCAGUGCUUCCACUGCAGUUUCAAAACAUCAUGGCGAAAUUCGUUAGUGAGACACAUGCGAGAGAAACACCCAGGCAUGCUGGCCAUACAUCACUGUAUCUCCAUACAGAACAUAAAUUCUCCAGACAAUCAACAGAUUAUGAAAAUGUCAGACUAUAUUGCCAUGCAUGAACGUCAGCGUAAAAUCUCCAAAAUUAAGAGAGCACGAGGGAUAGAGAAACAGGACCUUCCAGGUACACACAUCUGCAAUAAAUGCAACAAGGUCUUUGGGCGACUGCGUUAUCUUCGGAAGCACAUGACAACACAUGGCAUGGACAAAAAACACCUUUGUGAUGAAUGUGGCAAGGCUUUCAAGACCAAGGCCUAUCUGGCUGCGCACCGUCGCACACACACGGUUAAAACCUAUAAAUGUAGUCAGUGUGAUUUCACUUCUACUGUUAACUCUUUGAUUCACAGCCAUCGACAGAUUCACAAUGAUGGAAGUGUACUUUGUGAUGUGUGUGGGUUUGCUUAUACAGAUCGGGCCACAUUAAAGAAACAUAAACUUGUGCAUGAUAAAAAUAGACCUUUCCCUUGUACAUAUCCUGGCUGCACAUGGCGUUUCAAGACGGAAGUUAUGUGUCGAGCUCAUUUUCGCCAGCACACCACAUCAGGACGGUUCACUUGCACCAUUUGUAACUAUGCCUUUCGACACAAACACCACUUGCAAAGGCAUCUCUCCCGCAUGCAUGGCAUGGAUGAAGCAACAGUGUACAGAACUACAAAUAGCCAGUGUGUUCAAGACCACUUGCAAGCAAAUUUUUCAAUUCUUGGGAAAACGGAAUCUGUGGAAGUGGUUCAGGAGAAAGAAGAUGGCAUCACUGAUACUGUGAGUCUCAUUGUGAAUUCAGACUUGAGCACAGAACAGCUGCAGUCUGCACUAGAAAGUGGACAGCUGGUAAUAACCACCGAUGGAGAUGAUGGUGCAGUGAACUACGAAGUUGCUGACAUUACCAUGAAUGUAGCUUAUCAUGCUCUUAUGGACAAUGAGGAGGCAACUCCAAAUGCCCAGGCAAUACUCAUACCCCAUUCUGCUGAGUGUUCACAAAUUAUUUUUCAUCAUGAACCAGAAAAUACUGUGAGUACUGUGGUAGAAAUGUAACUGUAGUGAGGUUUGAUACACAUCUGAUUCCUAAGAGAAUGCUGGGAUAUUGCAACAAAAGGGAUUGGUACUUUAGAAAGUCUCUAUGCCUGUGGAAGUGCUUUUAAAUAUGCUGAUCAUCAUUUAUAAAAUUUAUGCAGUAUAAAUGUAUGAUUUUGUGAAUCAAAUGUAUGAUUGCUUCAGUAUUCUAUUUAUAGGCUAAUCACUAAGAAUUCACAAAGUAUGCCCCAACAAUUAAAAAUGCACUUGUCAAUAAAUGCCCAGUGAAACCUACAGUUUUCAUAAGCUUGGUAAAGUUUAACUAUUCAAGGAUAUUGUCCAUCUUCGCAUAUGCAGCAUGCAUUGCAUAAUAUUUCCAACAGACAGCACUGUCCAAACCAUAUUGUGAAAAGGACAAUAUUAAACAUAUGUCAAGUAUAUUAUUAGGUUCCGCUAAUUGUCACAUUUGAUGACAUUCUGAAAAAUAAUGCUCUGCCUAGUGACCAUAGGGGCAACACAACAAAGCAUUGGGAAGGCUGGGGGAUUGGUGUUAUAUGCCAAUCCAGCAACUGAGACUAUAAUGUAGCAAAGCAGCCAGCUCUGUAAACAUGCAGCAUGCCUGAGAUGACAUCUGAAACCAGGACAGCCAAUCCUCUCUGUACUGGUGACAGGCACUAACUGUUGUGCCUCUGGAUCACCCGCAAGGCAUGAGCAGGCCUGAAACACAAACUGUAUAUGUCUGUGCUCAAACCAGCGAUCUGCGGCACAAUCAAGAGCACAGGCUACUUACCCUUCUCUAUUACUGUAUUAAACAGUAUGUUUCCAAUUUAGGCGGUCAUAGGCGUGACUAGUAUAACUUAUUCACUAAGCCACCCUUGCCAUUUUGUUUUAAUGCUUCUUGUGCUGGCUCAGGGUACUGUCUAAAGAAAGACACAAGUUGCAGAAGUUUUAUUAAAUGAAAUCACAAUGCCAUAGCCAGCAUCUAAGUAUGAAAUACAUUUUAUUAAAAUUUAAUGAGUAUGGAUUUUGCAGUGUUAUCACACUGAGUACAGUGUACCAUCAUGGAAUACAUUGCCCUUCAUUUAGCUGUGCUAUUGUUUCUGUCAUAUGCAUACUGCAAAGACAAUGUUUAUAAUAGUGCUUAACUUGGUCAAACCUUUGUCCAGUUAAGAACAACUUUAAGAGCUUUGUGAAAGGGGAAUGGGAUUCCAUGGGUUGCAGCAGAAGGCAGUAAUCUUCGCCUUUAUUGGCUUGUUUUAUGGAUAAGUUUAGUCUUAUACUGCUAGGCAAUUAUUUCUUUCCUUCCAAAAUGCUCUUUUUUGUUCUGUCCUGGUUUGAUUCUGCAACUAUUUGUUGCCCCUCCUACUGCAUGUUUGACAGGCUACAAACAGCUCAGAAUAAUGCUUCUUUUGUAGCACAAAAAUAACAAUUCUUCCAUAAACUGAACUGGCUGCUGGUUCAGGCUUGCUUCAACUGCAAAGUGGCCAUUCUGUACUAUCGAUGCCUUCCUGUUGUAGCACCAGGAUGCCUGAGACAUGAAGCCUUAGAUGCUGUCAGUUACCAUGGUCAGCUUAUGCAGAACUUCUAUUUGCACCUCAUCAGACAAGAUACAGUUGGGAGCUGCAGCUUUUCCUUCUCUUGCACCAGUAUCUGGAAUGUAUUGUCCCUAUCCCUUCAACCACCUUUGAAGAUUUUAAGGCUUGCCUUAAGAAAAACCUUUCAUAAUUGCUUCUAGUAGCUGGUGGUUUCCUCCUUUGCUUUAGAGCUGCUGUAUUUUAAUUUUUUGUUCAAGUGCAUUGAACUUGCAGCUAAUAUGUGUUUUUUAAAUUAUUAAAUAAAGCAUAAAUCUUUAUCCUUUGAAAAUCAGUACACAAGAAAAUGCCAGGACCCAAAAAUGGCACUGGCUGCCUAUACACUAUAUUAUUCAGUUCCAUCACCAUUCCUGCAUAACGCGAUUUUGAAAGCUCUGGCUUCAAUGAUAAUGGCCCACUCGCUGCAGGACUGUCCAACCCACCAUAACCUAAGAACAGUAACACUGCUGACACAUCAUUGAAGGAAAAGAUUUUUAUAUCCUGGCAGUAUCUACCGUGUGCAGCAAGUUUUUUCCUGUCUGAUUAUUUGAAUAUCCUCAGUGAGAGCCAACUGUAUGUAAAAUAAAGUGCUCUUAAAGGUGAUUACCCACUGCAAACAUUAUACUAAGAAUGGUCUUGAUGCUUCUAUUUAGGUUUUUUUUUUUUUUUAGAUUACAAUAGCAGAAAAUAUUUUUUUUUAUAAUAUAGAAAAACAAAAAGCACCAGCACAAAACAGAAUACUAGCACCAUGAUAUCAAUAAAAACAUUUAUUAUAACCAAGACGACCAACACUAUUUAAAACAAUAUGCACUUCAAUCUGGCAAAUUCUUUGCAUGAAUCACAACUAUUGCCAAUUACACUGAAUUCUGAGUUCUUUUACCGAAAAUAUUAGCAAAGUCUACCACUGUGAAACUGAAGCUU